GUUUAUGGAGAUCGAGAAUGGCGGAAAGGAGCUUUGCGAUUCGACGCUUGUGGAUCCGAGCUAUGUCAUCCAUCUUAUUCGCGAGAUGAUUCCUCAAAGCUCUUGCGAUGAAUUCGAUGCAACAGAAGACACUGCAAAGGAUGAUCCAAGCGCAGAAGCUGGCUGUGUUUUGUGGGACUUGGCAGCGAACGAUUCCCUUGCGAAGCUCAUGGUCGAUAACUACAUCCUCGAUGUCAUACUGGGCAUUUUGCAAGCACCAAAGUCUGAUAGAAUCCGGGAGAUUUGCCUGGGAAUUCUUGGAAACUUGGCGUUUCACGAGGAACUCAGUGGAGUCAUUGCUGAGAAUCGAGAAUUGCUAUCCACAGUGGUGCUGCAGCUCUUUGUCACAGACGCUCAAACUCUAGUAGAAACAUGCAGGUUGAUCAACGUUGGGCUACACAGCAAGCAAAUCGAGAACUGGAUUGGCGAGAUAAACACGCAAGAGACCCUGGAGCACAUACUUUGGAUUGCAGAGAACACGCUCAAUGAGCAGCUGGUAGAGAAAGUUUUGGAGCUCCUGCUCACGAUGGUGGACAGCGAGAAGAAAACGGCCGCGGUGUUUCUUCCGGGCCUUGUCAAGUCGGGCAUUGUGAGUCUGCUAGCAAAACUCACGACCUCCCAAGUCGAGGGGAUCACGCAAGGCAGCAUUUUGACUGGAAGUGUUCUUGAGUCUUUGCUUCAACUCGCUCUCGAGGUAUCUCUCUCGGAUGAGUUCUCCGGAUCCAUCGCGGACGACAAUGAACUGAAAGCCGCAGUCUUUCAAGUUGUCCACCUUUCUUGGAAGGACGAAGUCGGAGUGGCAGCAGUAACGGCGAUGGUCUUGGUUGCCAACCUUCUUUCGCAGAAGCCAGCCCUUGCCAAGGAACUUUGCGAAGAUGCUGGUUUUAUGGAGCGCUUGCUAGCUCUCAAGCCUCUAACUGAGAACGACGACGCUGCCUGCAAUGCUCUCUCGAGUAUUAUCCAGAGAAUCGAACAACAGAAGCGGGAAAGUAUCUUAGAGGCUCAAAGAAUUCGAUAGCACGACAAAGGCAGCAGGGUGGCGAGGCUCCAGGUCGAGCACUCUUCGAGCAGCUCUCCUCGCCAACUCCAUAUCGCCAUGAACUCCAUAAGCCGAGAGAAGCGA